UCUCAUUUGAAUAAAGAUUAGUAGCACUGCUUUCCUCCUCUCUCUCACUUUUUACUCUCACACCCUCAAGAAACAUACAUCUUCCUUUCUUCCCUAUAUAACAAGAAGAUUAUCUUAGAAAACGUUUUAAUUUUAUAGACACAUCUCACGAUUAACCUCUUUUAUUUAAGUUUUAAGUAGGACGGUCAAAUUAAACCUCGGGAUUGGAGUGUACAAGUUUCUCUUCUCCAUAUUCCAAGAUUUCUGCAAGUCUUCUCAGUUCCUUAUUCCUAGCUGCUAGGACUUCUCUUUUUGUUUCUCAUUUUGCCCUUCAGUUCCAUUGGCUCCUGCUACUGAGGAAAACAAGGAGAAAAGCUGCUUGACACCUUGAAUUCUUGAAAAAAAAGGAAAGAAAACCUGUUUCAGUUAAUGCAAUAAUGGAGUCCCUGUUCGGUUUUGAAUUCGUUUUCCCCGUCUGAGAUAUAACCAUUUUCCCCCCGCCCAGCUUGCACGAUGGCCAGGAACACGAUUCUUUCCAUUUUCGUGUUUCUGUUUCUGUUUUUCGUUCUGUCCAGGUCCAGUUCACUCGAGACUCGGGCCCUUCUUGAAUUCAAAAGGCAGCUUAUUGAUCCUCUGAAUUACUUGGAGUCUUGGAAAGAUGCAGAAUCUCCCUGUCGGUUUUAUGGAAUUACUUGUGAUCGAAACACUGGUUUGGUUACAGAAAUUUCCCUGGAUUCCAAGAACCUUUCGGGGGUGAUAUCUCCAUCUAUCUUUUUGCUUAAGAGCCUUGAUUCUAUAGUGCUACCUUCGAACUCGUUGUCUGGGGCUCUCCCGGGCGAAUUAGCCAAUUUUACCAGUCUUAGAGUCUUGAAUGUGACAUGGAAUAGCUUGAGUGGCACCAUACCUGAUUUAUCCAAGCUGACUGGCUUGGAGAUUCUUGAUUUGUCCUUCAACUACUUUUCUGGAGAUUUUCCAGCUUGGACUGGAAAUCUGAGUGGUUUGGUUGGACUAGGCCUUGGGGAUAACAGCUACAAUGAGGGAAAGAUUCCUGAGAGCCUGGGAAAUUUGAAGAACUUGACCUGGCUUUAUCUAGCUGGUUCGAAUUUGAGUGGCGAAAUCCCAGACUCCAUUUUUGGACUAGAGAAACUGCAGACAUUGGAUAUUUGCAGGAAUCAGGUUUCAGGAAAUAUCCCGAAGUUGAUUGGGAAGAUGAGAAGUCUCCUGCAAAUUGAGCUCUACGAAAACAAUCUCACUGGGGAACUCCCUCUGGAAAUCGAGAAGCUCACUCUUCUGCAGCAGUUUGAUGUUUCUAACAACAAAUUGCAUGGGGCUCUCCCUCCAGGGAUUGGAAAGCUGAGAUUUUUAUCCGUUUUUCAUGUGUUCAAGAACAACUUCUCGGGAGAACUCCCUCCCGGUUUUGGAGAUAUGGAGCAUCUUUUCGCCUUUUCUGUCUACAUGAACAGCUUUACUGGAGAAAUUCCAGAAAAUCUUGGCAGGUUUUCGCCAUUGAAUGCCAUAGACUUGUCAGAGAAUAAGUUUUCUGGCUCGUUCCCGAAAUACUUAUGUCAGAAUGGAAACUUGCAGCAAUUGGUUGCAGUAGAAAACAGGUUUUCUGGGGAAUUUCCAGACACUUAUGGUUCCUGUAAGGGCUUAGAGAGGCUUCGGGUCACAAAGAAUCAACUCUCCGGGAAAAUCCCGGAUGGGGUGUGGGCACUUCCAAGCCUAAACAUGAUGGAUUUCAGUUAUAAUAAUUUUGUUGGAGGUAUUUCUACAAGAAUUGGAGCUGCUACAACCUUGGAACAAUUAAUAUUGUCAAACAACAAGUUCUCGGGUGAGCUCCCGAAAGAACUUGGCAAACUCACACUACUCCAGAGGCUUUACUUGGAUAACAACGAUUUCUCGGGACCAUUGCCAUCUCAACUCGGGUUGUUAAACCAAAUAUCAUCCUUGCAUCUCGAGAAAAACUCGUUUACAGGCUCAAUUCCAGCAGAGUUUGGUCAAUGUUCAAGGCUAGCAGACUUAAAUCUUGCUUCGAAUCAUCUAAGUGGUAGCAUUCCCGAUUCCAUAACCACAAUGGCCUCUCUGAAUUCCCUGAAUCUUUCUAGCAACGAGUUAACAGGCUUAAUCCCGAGAGCCUUAGACAAUCUGAAGCUCUCGUUAAUCGAUCUGUCUAACAAUCAGCUCUCCGGGGAAGUGUCAAAUGAUUUUCUUACAAUGCAUGGAGAUAAGGCGUUUCUCGGGAACAAAGAACUCUGUGUUGAUCACACCAUCAAAGCCCAAUUCAACACCGAGCUAAGUGCUUGUGAUCGAAAGGGCUCUCACCACGAAACGAUGAAGAAAAGAUGGGCUGUUCUCUUAACUGUUCUACUUUCCUUGGCUGUUCUCUUGUGUGGCUUACUGGUUGCGAGUUAUUGGAGCCACCAUAAGUAUAACGAGACCGAUACUGAGAAACGUUGUGGAGAAUCAAAGGGGCUGGAUCGAAAAUGGAAGCUCGAGAGCUUCCACCAAAUCGAGUUUGAUGGAGACGAAAUAUGCAAUUUGGAUGAGGAUAGUUUGAUUGGCAGUGGAGGGACAGGGAAAGUGUAUAAACUGGAGUUAAAGAAAGGGUGUGGCACAGUGGCUAUAAAGAAGCUCUGGAAGGGAAAUGGAGUUAAACUUCUGAGUAGAGAAAUGGAAAUUCUGGGGAGUAUCAGACACAGAAAUAUAGUCAAACUUUAUGCCAGUCUCAUCAAGGAAGGCUCAAAUUUCUUGGUUUUUGAGUACAUGCCAAAUGGCAAUCUUUUCCAGGCACUUCACCAUGAAAUCAAAAGUGGUAAACCAGAACUGGACUGGGAUCUUAGGUACAAAAUCGCUCUCGGGGCUGCUAAAGGAAUUGCGUAUCUGCACCACGAUUGUUCCCCGCCUAUCAUCCACAGAGACAUCAAAUCGACCAACAUUCUUCUCGACGAGAGCUAUGAACCAAAAGUUUCUGACUUUGGUGUUGCAAAGAUCUCAGAAGUUUCCCCAAGAGGAUCAGAGUUCAGUUGCUUCGCAGGCACUCACGGUUACAUGGCUCCAGAGAUGGCAUAUACACUAAGAGUGAGCGAGAAGAGCGAUGUGUACAGUUUCGGGGUGGUGUUACUGGAGCUGGUGACCGGGCGACACGCGAUAGAGGAUGCGUAUGGAGAAGGGAAGGACAUAGUUUACUGGGUUGCAACUCAGCUGGAAAACCGCGAAAAUGUCAUCAAAGUUCUCGACACUAAGGUUGCUGUUAAGGAUGUUGUCCAGGAUGACAUGAUCAAAGUGCUGAGGAUUGCAACACUCUGCACCACAAAGCUCCCAAAUCUAAGGCCAAGCAUGAAGGAGGUAGUGAACAUGCUGGUUGAUGCAGAGCCAUCCACAUUCAAAUCUGGUAGGAAUUUUGAGAAAACUGGGAAAGUGUUCCUUUAGUGCAGUUUAGUUUCUUUAUCUGUAUAUGUUUAUAUAGGUAAGUAUGGAUUCCUGGCUGAUGCUUACACAUAUUUCAUGCUUUGUGUAGUGGUUUUGGCUUAUAGUAUGCGCCAUUAGAUAAUGGUUCAGCUAUGAAAGAUGGUUGUCAUAAUUUUAUCGUUUUAUAUAUA